CUAACUGAUUUUACGUUAUCCAAGCCAGAAUCAUUUUUAAUCGAUAAAUCGAUUAUAAAAACCCACCCCUAGUCAGAACAUGGAGUCCACAGGUUACCAAAUAACAAAAAUAAAGCUCUAUCUGCUUCACCUGCAAGCACUCUGUGAGCUAAAGGUACACUGCACAUCAGCUGCUUUUAAUUACGAAAAAACAGUUGAUAGCUGCGCUCAAUUCAGAUUGGAGGUUUAGCCCACCACUCCAGCGUUGUGAUUGAGUUUAACUUGGGAUACUGAUGCAAAGAUGAGGUACGCAGUUCUUGUGGUGAUAACUGCUUUCAGGAUUUGUACAUUCAAAUCAUUUAAUGCAUUGAAAAUCCAUUUGUCACGGAUUCACAAUGAGCCAUCGAAAACUGGUGCAAGUCAAGGUGCACAAGAAGCUCUUGUGUUUUUUACAUGUCCCUUGUGCAAAUUAAAGCAGCCUUUCUCAGAGACUGCAUUAUUCAGUCAUUUACGAAAACACCUAAAAAACCAUGAGAAUGUUGCUUGCCCUUAUAAAAACUGUAGUUACCUCACAAAUGUGUAUUCAUCCUUUAAUACACACAAAAGUAGAGCACACACAGGUAGUCUGGACAUUUGCGAUGACCUUGUGUCAACAGAAAACAGCAGCCCAGUGGAAAGCACUGGUGAGCUUGCCCUUGAGGAUGUUAAUGAUGAGCAUUUGGAAGCAUUGGCUUUUCCUGAAGUGGACAGUGUUUGUGAUACCAGGCAAUUAAGAGCCCAGCUACACAAGAAUUUCUCUUCACUGUUCCUGAAGAUGGAAAGUAUCCUUGAUGUUUCUGAAAUGGCUUCUCAGGAAAUAGUUGAUACUCUGACACAAAUAUUUUCUUUGUCAAAGCCCCUCAUUAAAGUAACUCUGCACGAUGUUUUACAAAGGCAUCAGAUUACUCCUUCCGAUACAAUCCUUAAUGAUUUGCUUAAUGCUGUAAAUGAUGCAAAUAUUUUUGCUUGUGCCACAGCAAAAGGGGAGGACCUUUGUUCAAAUAAACGUAGAAAAAGGUUUAUAGAAAAAAACUACUCUGUGGUAAUGCCUGUUCAGUAUUUCUUAGAGCCUGGUUGUACAGCAAUUCAUGUCCCUAUACUUGAGAUGAUCCAAAAAAUGUUCCAACAUACAGACAUUCUGAACAGAAUUAUGGAAACAAAUAUCUCACAUCAGGGUCUUUACACAAGCCAUAAAGAUGGGUCGUAUUUCCAAGAAAACGAGUUACUAUCUUCAUCAGAGCUUUCACUGCCACUGAUACUGUACAUUGAUGACCUUGAAAUUGCUAAUCCAUUGGGCACUUCAAGGAAAAUACACAAACUGUGUGCAGUAUACUGGGUGUUUGCUGAUUUGCCAAGUAAAUACCGUUCAGGUCUACAUGUCAUUCAGCUAGCAGCACUAUGUAAGGUACCUGAUCUCCAAAGGUGUGGCUAUCAAAGAGCAUUUGGUCCUUUGCUACAAGAUCUAAAAACUCUUGAGCAAGAUGGUGUAUUUAUUGAGUGCCUUGGUAAAUCUGUUCAAGGGACUGUCUUGUGCGUUGUAUCUGACAAUCUGGCAGCCCACUCAUUGGCUGGGUUUAGCCAGUCUUUCAGAACAGGAUUUAUUUGCAGGUUCUGCAAUGCAACACGAGACCUAAUUCAGUCUCAUGAUGUUGGAGAUGGCAAGUUCAGCCUCAGAACAAAAGCCAGUUAUGAUCAUAAUAUGCAGGAAGUCCUACAUGGGGAUGGUCAUAGUCAGGAAGGUGUGCAAGGGAAAUGCAUCCUGACUGAAAGUUUGCAGUAUUUUCAUACAACUACAGGCUUCCCGCCUGAUGUCCUGCAUGACCUUUUUGAAGGCAUUGUACCUGUGGAGUUGGCCAUGUGUAUGCAGGAGAUGAUUCGGCAGAAAUAUUUUACUCUUGAGCAUUUGAAUAGGAAAAUCUUGUCUUUUCCUUAUCAGCAUUCAGACAAAAUUGACAAACCAAAGCCCAUCCCAAAGAACUUCUCUACAAAGAGAACCAUUGGUGGCAAUGGCCAUGAGAAUAGCACACUGCUGAGACUACUGCCAUUUAUGAUUGGUAAUGUAGUUCCUGAGGAAGAUGCUUCUUGGACAGUGUUAAUGGAUUUGAAAGAGGUUGUUGAGCUAAUGCUGUGCCCAAGAUUUGAUGAAGAGACCAUACAGUAUUUGCAGUCAAAGAUAGAUGAACACAGAAAAGUGCUGCAGGACAUUUUUCCUGAAUUCAGACUGCUUCCAAAACAUCAUUAUGUAGAGCACUACCCAGCUCUUAUACGUGCUUUUGGACCACUUGUCCAUUUAUGGACAAUGAGGUUUGAGGGUAAGCAUCGGUUUUUCAAGCGGGUAAUACAUGACACACAAAACUUUAAGAAUGUGUUGCAAACAUUAGCAACACGGCACCAACACAUGGUGGCCUACCACCUCAGUGCACCAACAUUUUUUCAGCCACAUCAGCAGUCGUCGCAUGUCACUUCUGUCACGGUUUCAGAUCUUCCUGAAGUUGCACAAGAAUACAUAAAGAAUAAAACCGACAGCAGAAUAAUUUACAGCACAUCAAAGUUCAUUGUUGAUGGUACAACUUACAGUCCUGGAAUGUUUUUGUCUGUGGGGGAGGAUGGGGGACUGCCACAGUUUAGCAAGAUCGAAAAAAUUCUCCUUGUUAACAAUGAUGUUGCAUUUCUUUGCAAAGAUCACAAGUCAAACUACAUUGAACAUGUAAGGUCAUAUGAACUCUACCCAAGUUGUAUAGCUAUCCACUCUAUGUCUGAGUUUAAUGACAACUUGCCCCUUUCUGCAUACUAUGUGGAAGGAAAACUACUUUUGACACCAAAACGUUUUAUACUUCUACACUGAAAGUGUAUUUGCAUUAUGUAAUUUGCAUAUGUUGUACAUAUAUUUAUUUUUGUGAUAUACAUGUGUAAUAGACUGUUUUAUCAGAUAAAUGUAAAAAAUGUACUAGUGAGGGUUUUUUUUGUUUUGUUUUUUACUUGUUUAUGAAAUCAAAGUAAAUCCAAACUUAAUUACCAAGUUCUAAUUGGAUAUAUAAACUUCAGAUGAAAAGCACAAGAUACCUUUCAUUAUCAUUGCAGUUUCACAAUGCAGAAGCUGUGUGUGAGGUAAAAUAAAGAAAAUACCAUUAAGCAGCAGCCUGUAAAAGAAGUAGUUUGUAAGUAGAAGUUCUGUGUAAUAUUACAAGUAUCUCACUGAUGUAGUAUGUACUAUUGCAUAACAAUGUGUCUUUGCAAAGAUUUAUCCCGCAGUUUGGCUUGGUUUUUAAAAAUAACUGCAGUGUAAAUUCAUAUGUAUUCUGUGCUUUUUUUUUUUCUUUUCUUUUUUUUCCAACUUAAUAGAAUUUAUACAUGGUGAGACAAUGUUGAUUAUAUGGUAAAAACUUAAAACUAAAAGAGGGUUACUGUUUACCAUGACUAAAUGGAAUGAUGGCCUGUGACUUUGUAACAUCUGAAAUUCUUACCUAUGUUUUGGCCUGUUGGAUGAUCGGCCAUAGAAUUCAAGACUGCAAUCAAAGUAAACAGCAGUAAUUGUAAGUUUUUUGUUUUUUUUGCCAUGCUAAGUGUUUAUUUUGUCAUGAAAUGUACAGUGUACUUUUGAAAUUUUUGAAAGCUGUAAUGAUGGCUGAGUAUAUAAUUAUCACUGACCAUAAUAAGGUUAAUGGUAUGAUGUACAGGCUGGUUCUCUUAAUAUGAGACGAUUCAUUUUUUAAAAAUCAUCUCCAUUCCUUGUUUUAUUCAUAGGAUGAUGGCAGUAUCCCAAAAGUUCCUGCUGAGAGUUCACCUCACCACAGAUGUUGUUGUGAAGGUUUCUCUAAUUAAGCGGCCUGAGUCGGUGGAAGAACUAAUCACCAUACUCUGUGAGAAGCUCAACCCAAGGCUGGACUUUGAGUUUACCUUACAAUAUGAAGACCCCGACUUUGAUGGGCAACUUACCUGCCUACUGGAUAUUCAAGAGUUGCCGGAGAAGGGCACACUAAAAGUAGUGAGAUCUGAAAGUGAUGUCAGUUCUUGUGCAAGUUCUGAUACAGACAUCCUUCCUCAUGUGCCUUUAGCUCAGUGUCUGAAGUGUUGGCCUGACACUUUCCCAGUACCUACCUUUUCUUACGAAGUUGAACAUCUCCUUGAGGAGGGAAAUAGAGCCUUUGAGAUGUCUGGAAAACAUCUGAAGUUGACUCGAGCCCAAAAGCACAACAUCUUAGAGACCAUGGCUUCAGCGAUGCACACCUUAAAAGCCUAUCCGAGUGAUGGAGAUGUCGGUUUGGCAGCAGAAGCUCUUGUUACCACUCAUCCAUGUCUUAAAGAGCCUGGAAGUAGGAAUGGAAGUUAUGGUUGGAAGACCAGUUUAAAAUUCAAGAUGGGAAAUUAUCGCACCAAGCUAGCCAGAUCUGGAUGUGUGGAGGUGUCUGUCAACGCUGGCAGGAGGAGUGUUAACAAACCUGAAGGAGAGCAUCCCCACUCAAACAUAAAAAGAGCCAGAAGAGCUGAGGUGAACUACCUCCCAAACUUUCCAAGAGGAGAAGAUCAGGUCAGUUUGGAGGAUAUGAGAGUCCAGAUAAAAAAUGAGGUUGAGAAGACUGAGCCCAACAAAGUAAUGAUUGAAAAACUGAUGCAGACUACCUUCGCACUUCAUCGCCAUGAAAUUGUUCAAGACAACCCAAUGGUAAAGAACUUCUUAGAGAAAUGGCCUGCUCUGCGAUUUGACUCUCAGAUUUGUGCAGAGUUCCACCGAGUCACAAACAUCAACCUGCGGAACCAGUUCUACGCUGAACUUGACAGACACACACCACGACUUAUGGCUCUAUACAGACAGAAGGCUGCACGGACUGGCAAGAUAUCAGAGGCUCUGCGAACCAUCCUGAAUCAUUAUGAUCUUCAGGAGGCGCCUGAU